UGCUGACUGCUGACUGGCUAUCUGUUAUUACAGUCGCAAUCGCAUCGAAAGUGAUAUUUUAUGUCGUGGCCUGCACGUCAACCUGUACUUUGACCUGACGACAACAAAUAACUCCAAGGCUGAUAUGCUGUAGCAAUUGGAUUGGGUAAUCAGCGGUGAUCAUCAGCUUUCUACAUCCUAAAGCUGAUAAAAGUGCUGGAAUCGUUGUUUCAUCAAGUGUGUUCAAUCACAGCCUUAAAUAUGGGUAACAGAUCAAGUCUACUUUUACGCGAAGAAGAAAUUGCACAAAUCCAAGAAGCUACGGGAUUUACACCAAAUCAAAUUGAACGACUGUAUAGUCGUUUCACAAGUUUAGAUCGUGGUGACUGUGGCACACUUAGUAGAGAAGACUUUUUAAGGAUUCCUGAACUGGCUAUAAAUCCGUUAGGCGAUAGAAUUGUUAAUGCUUUCUUUGAUGAAAGUGGUAGCGAUAGAGUCAAUUUUCUCCAGUUUAUGCAAGUCCUCGCACAUUUCAGGCCUAUAAAAAAGAAUGCCCCUAAUAUCCUGAAUUCCAGAGAAGAAAAGUUACGAUUUGCCUUCAAAAUGUAUGAUAUAGAUAAUGAUGACAUGAUAUCUAAAGAUGAACUUUUAGCUAUUUUACAAAUGAUGGUUGGUGCUAAUAUAAGCGAGGAACAACUCUCAAGUAUAGCAGAAAGGACACUAUCCGAAGCUGAUGAAGAUGGUGAUAAUAUGAUCAAUUUUGAGGAAUUUUGUAAAGCGCUUGAAAGAACAGAUGUUGAAAGGAAAAUGUCUAUAAGGUUCCUUAGUUAA